UUUAUUGAAGGAAAGGAAAAAAGAGAUUUACAAGUCACAGUACAAGGGCCCAAGAAAAGACCCACACCCACUCUUCCCUAGGACAGGUCCCUAGGGAGCGAGCAAUGAGAACAGAAUAAAGGUUAUCCCAAUUACACACAAGAAAAAGAACCGAAAACCUCCAAAAGACCUCCAACAAAAAGGACACUACGUUGGAACCCAAAGGGGUUUCACUCUCCAUUUCUUUGCAAGGAGCAGAUUCGGAUGAGACUUCUUUCCCUUUAGGGUAAUAUCCCGAUAUGGGUCAACAGCAUCCGCUCUGAUAUCACUGCCAAUGGAAGGCCACGGUCUAGUUUUGUUCUGAAAGAUGAGGAUGUUUCUCUCCUUCAAAUACGGGCAAUGGUUGCGGGAAAAGCCAGUUUUCCAAUGAAACUAAUAGUGAGUCUCCCUUGAAGUACUUUCACACCCAUUGAGCCUUGAGCAUGACACUUCUCCUAGGGGGCCAUAGAGUUGAAGGAUUUUUCCCCACAAUCGAGAAGUAAAAAUGCGCUCAAAGAAAAGAUGAUCCCUACUGUCAAUACCCGCUCAACAGAAGCAACAAAAGGGGGAUGCCUGGAUCUUUCUCUUUAGAAGCUGAUCCAUAGUCAGAAGCACAUCAACCAUGCAUCAUCAUGCCACAAAAGACUGCCUAGUGAACUCAAAAAGCUUCACGGAGAGGAAUCACAAAGCAGCCUAAGCUAGUACCCUGUUUUACGAACAUGCAGGUCAAAGUCAUUUCCCGUUCCACAAAUGAAUUCACCCGAGAACGCAGUCAGGAUCUCCAGAGGGUUUUCCAUAACUUUGACCCUAACCUGCGAACUCAAGAAAAGGCUGUCGAAUAUGUCCGUGCUCUUAAUGCUGCCAAAUUGGAUAAGAUAUUCGCGAGACCUUUCAUUGGUGCAAUGGAUGGACACAUUGAUGCAAUAUCAUGUAUGGCAAAGAAUCCAAAUCAUUUGAAAGGGAUGUUUUCAGGUUCAAUGGAUGGAGAUAUUCGUCUUUGGGAUAUAGCUUCCAGGCGAACAGUUUGUCAGUUCCCUGGUCAUCAAGGUGCUGUGCGGGGUUUAACUGUAUCUACAGAUGGGCGCACUCUUGUAUCAUGUGGAAUGGAUUGCACUGUUAGACUCUGGAGUGUUCCUGCCGCAAGUAUUAUGGAGUCCGACAACUCAUAUGAUAAUCCUGCCAAGCCACUGGCAGUUUAUGUUUGGAAUAAUGCUUUCUGGGCAGUUGAUCACCAGUGGGAAGGUGAUCUCUUUGCCACAGCUGGUGCCCAAGUUGAUAUUUGGGAUCGCAAUAGGUCGCAACCGGUCAACAGUUUUGAAUGGGGAAAAGACAGUGUCAUAUCUGUUCGAUUUAAUCCUGGAGAACCAAAUGUUUUGGCUACAUCAGCUAGUGACCGCAGCAUAACACUUUAUGAUUUGCGUAUGUCAUCCCCAGCAAGAAAGCUUAUCAUGAAGAUGAAAACCAAUUCUAUCUCUUGGAAUCCAAUGGAGCCAAUGAACUUUACUUCUGCGAAUGAAGAUUGCAACUGCUAUAGCUAUGAUUCUAGAAAACUGAAUGAAGCGAAGUGUGUACACAAAGAUCAUGUUUCUGCUGUGAUGGAUAUUGAUUACUCACCCACUGGUAGGGAAUUUGUAACUGGGUCAUAUGAUAGAACAGUAAGAAUCUUCCUGUAUAAUGGUGGCCAUAGCCGGGAGAUAUACCAUACCAAAAGGAUGCAAAGGGUAUUCUGCGUGAAGUUUAGUUGUGAUGCAACUUAUGUUAUUUCGGGAAGCGAUGACACCAAUCUUCGUCUAUGGAAAUCAAAAGCAUCAGAACAGUUGGGAGUGCUUCUUCCAAGGGAACGUAAGAAGCAAGAGUACCAUGAAGCUGUCAAGAAUCGCUACAAGCACCUACCUGAGGUUAAGCGCAUUGUGAGGCAUAGGCACUUGCCAAAACCAAUAUAUAAGGCUGCUGCUCUAAGGAAAACAAUGACUGAAGCUGAGAGGAGAAAAGAGGAGACGAGGAGAGCUCACAGUGCCCCAGGAAGUUUGCCCACAGAACCAUUACGUAAAAAAAGAAUCAUCCAAGAGGUUGAGUGAAGUUUGGUCAUGUUGCCGUUGCAAUUCCUUGGGGCAGUACACUUCUCAGAUUUAUAUCUUGGUCAAGUUGCUUUGCAGCUCAACAUGGGAGUAUGAAGAUAGCUCUCUUUGCAACAGUUUUGGUUGUGCGAUUAACUUUGUUGACAUCUUGUGGAACAGAAAUAUAAUCAUGAUUUAUAUCUAGUGAAUAUUUUAGGAGUUUUAACCACAACAUGAUUCAUGAUGGAA